AUGGCAAAAACUAUACCGAAAAUUAGUUCGCGUCGGAAUGGGUGUAUUAGUUCACGUAAUGGUGCACGUAGAAUACCAAAGGGAGUUAUUCAUGUUCAAGCAAGUUUCAAUAAUACCAUUGUCACUGUUACAGAUGUACGGGGUCUAGUAGUUUCUUGGUCCUCACCUGGUCCUUCUGGAUUCAAAGGUACGAGAAGAGGAACACCGUUUGCUGCUCAAACCACAACAACAAACGUUAUCCGUACAGUAGUGGAUCAAGGCCAAGCCGACACAAUAGGCAUUGCGAUGCGAAGAGCUUUACUUGGGAAAAUAAAAGGAACAUGUAUCACACGUGUAAAAUCUGAGAAAGUACCACAUGAAUAUUCUACCAUAAUGGGCAUUCAAGAAUCGGUACAUGAAAUUUUAAUGAAUUUGAAAGAGAUUGUAUUGAGAAAUAAUUUAUAUGGAUCUUCUGACGCGUCUAUUUGUGUCAAGGGUCCUGGAUAUGUAAUUGCUCAAGAUAUCAUCUUGCCACCUUAG